AUGUCUACUUUCUCCACAACUAUUGGGCUAGCUUUGUCUCAUGUUAUGGAUGCGGGAAUGAUUAUUGGUCCUUGCUUUGGCUAUAUCAUUCAAUGCUUUAAGAUGAAAAAAGAGUAAAGUUCUGAAGGAUUCUCACCAUUAGUCUGUCUUAUUCUUCUUACUGCCAACAUUUUAAGAAUCUUCUGGUGGUAAGAAUAACAUCAUUAAUGGAUUCAGGCACAUGGCUAGAUUUUCCACAGUGCUUCUGUUGUACUACUAUACCUAUCGGUGACUAUUAGAAUGCAAAAUAGAGCAACCUAAGUAGAAAUUGCUGAUACAGAUUCAAAUCAAAAUGAAUAAGACACUCCAAACAGAGCUGAAAGAAAAAUGAGCAGAGAGUCGAAUCUUUUGAAUACCACUGCUGAUAGUGUCACUACAGCAUCAACAGUCCAAUAAGAAACUGUUGAUAUCGAGACAUUCUGGAAUUGGAAUUCUUUCAAUAUGUAUCUCAUGCACAUUGGUGCUUUGAUAGCAAUCACCUUUGGAAUGACUGUCAUCUUUUAAAAGUCAGAGAACUAUAGCUUCAUCAUUGAAUAAUUAUCAGUAGGAAUCGAGGCUUUGCUUGGAGUCCCUCAAUUCCUUUUGAAUUACAAAAAGAAGAAUACUGAGGGAUUAUCAGUAGUAUUAAUCUUUAUAUGGCUAGCUGGCGAUAUGUACAAGUUUACUUACUAUAUUGGCAAUCAUAGCCCUAUCUCACUUGUUGGUUGUGCUUUCUUUUAAAUCUGCACAGACAUUUGCAUUCUCUCUCAGUUCUGGUUCUACAGACAUAACAAUAAAAAUUCAUCUGGCAAUGACGUAAACAAUCAGUCUACUGAUAAAAAGGGAAAGUCUAAGUCAUACUCAGUUAUCUCAUCAAGAUCAGGGUAAUCAUCUCCAAAUCUUGACUUAGUAAUAGAUGAAGAAUCAGACAAGCAUCACGUUUUUUGA